AUGACUACAUUUGUCCCUGGUGGUAAUCACAAUACUAUCAAUCUCCUGCAACAAAAGCAGGUCUUCAUCACUGUAUCUGCCAUCAUACUGUGUGCACAAAUAUAUGUCAUGCAGGUCACUCAAGAAGAUCUAGCUGAUCUCAACGCUGGAUCAAAGGAGAAGGCCCAGUGGAACGAUGCAGAGAUCAUUGCCCUCCUCAAUUAUCUUAUCACAAACAGAUCGAAGAUGGCAGCGACAUCCUUCAAGAUCGACACUUUUAACAAAGCAGCCACUGCUAUUGAGGCCCAGAACAUUAGGACACAGGGCAUUAUGAAGACUGGAGCACACUGGUGUGCCGCUGAAGAUGCUUGGUCUGCUUAUCUUACCAACCCAGCCAAUGCAGGGAUGAAGCAAUUCAAAAACGGAUGGAGAUUUUACGCUAAGAUGGAACAACUUCUGUCAAGAGUUAGCACCGCGCAUGGGGCAGCAGCAUAUAAUCCAUCAGCUGAUGCUGCUGCCACCGCCACCACCGCCACCACCGCUGACAUGGGCUUGGUGGCAGGUCCCUCUACUAGUAACACUCCGGGUGGGGUUGACAUUGCCCAUGAGCCCAUCACUCCAAGUCCAGUAGUCAUGGGACCUCCUCUCACGUCAGCAUCCAGUUCAGAAAGCGCUCCCAUACAGGACAUGUUAUUUGAUCACUCUGCUCUCCUUUCUACCACCUCCACUAGUGUGUCGCAUGUGUCGAGCGCAAUGUCGGACAAGAAACUCAAGCUUUCAACCCAGGGCAGUGGCAGGUCGCAUGCGAGCUCCAGCAAGAGGGCCGCAAAGGAGGCCGCCAGCACCGCUGCUGUAAUGAAUCUCCAAGGCACCAUCAGCUGCCUCGCAGACACUCUUAACUUGGUGUUUGGGUCCACGGAUGAGAGUCAGCUGGCAGAUGACAGAUCACAUGUGUUGCAGGCAAUACAAGAGGAGGAGACUUUGACGGGUGAGGACAAGCUCAUUCUUGUGCAUGCAUUCAUGAGGAGUCCAGUGAUCUGCUCUACAUACAUCCAGAUCAUGGAACUUGAUUUACGCACGACCUUUUUACGAAGCAUCAUCGAGCAGACGAAAAAAACUCUCAAUUUGUAG